CAGGCAUACAAAAUGAACCACAUAACCCAGCUUUUUAUCUUUAUCUUUUUAUUUUUAUUUUUUCCUUAUAACAAAGCGAUUGAUAUUGAAAUACCAGAAAAAAUCGGAAAUUAUUACAAUGCAUCCAAGGUUAAUAUUUUUUUAGAGUCUCCAAAUGGACCAUUAGAACCAAUUGAGGAUUUGGAUUUACAUUAUUCAUAUUACCCAAAUAUAUGCAAUAGAUCCUCAAUAAUAAAAAAUAAUAAAAGUGGUCUUUUCAAUCCAGAAAUGUUUAAUUUAUAUAGUUUCGAAGAUAUUAAUCCCGGUGGCAGCAUAUUUAUAAAAAAAGAUACAAUAGUUACAGCAAAGGGAUUUAGUAAUUCGAUUGGUAAUGGAUUCGAGUUUAUAUGUAUCGAGGGCUCUUUAGUAGUAUCACAGGAUCUAUUAUUCAUUGGAGGAAUUAUCAUUUUAAAAGGGGGAACCAUCACCUUCGAGUCCACCACCAUAAAUUUUACUCCUCUUUAUUCAACCAUUAUUGAUCCUUUUUCCUAUUUCCCUGGUUUGUUAAACUUAGGUGGCAAUUUUAUAUAUAAUGGUUUAUCAAGUUCAAAACCUAUUUUGGCCAAUAGGAUAGGAGAGAAUCUUUUAAAAUUAAUUUCUGAAAAUCAAAUUAUAAAAGAAUCAAAUAAAUCUCUAUUAAUAUUUAGCGAUUCAAACAAAAUGGGCCAGGUAGUCUAUAUUUUUUCUAUAACCAAUAACGAGCUUACAUAUACUGGUAUUGAUAUUCUGCCUACAGAUAGAUUUAUAUUAGUUUUCUUUUUCCAGGGUUUUUUAGGUGCUAGUUCUAUUUCAAUUCCUGGGUCACUAUUUAAUGCAGCCGGAUCAAAAAUUUCAAUUAAAAAUGCAUUCAUUCAACUAUCAGGUAGAACAACAAAUUAUGCAUAUGACGAUACAACACUUGAAAUGUCACCAAAUGACCCAUCAAUAGCAAUUAGUGUUAAUAUUGGAUCCAAUCAAAGAUUUAGAGGUUUAUUAAAUUUACAAUUUGUCAAUGAAGCUAUAUUUGAUGGCUGUGCAAUUCUCUCAAUAGACGAUGGUAGAGCUCCAAUCGUUGCAUUCGCAUCAAGUUUAAACAUUUCAAACAGUAUUAUAUCAAGUAAAUCAGGAUCAAAUAUUAUUGCGCAGUAUGGCACCGAAUUAAUUUAUUCAGAAAAUAAUUAUUAUUUUUUAGAAUCGGCCGACUCAUCACCUUUACAGACACCACCUGAAUCAAGUAUGGACUAUGGAUAUGAAGGAAAUGCAAUUUAUUCAUUAUCACCAAACAUAUCAUCAACCAAUGAUGUUUUCUUCGGUCAUAAUAAUGUAUUUAAUUUCAAUUUUAUAUCAAACAGAUCAACAAUUACCGGAUUAGAUAAAGAUUGUUAUUUACCCUGUACAUCACCAUCAUCAGCAGUAUCAAAUUUAGUUCAAUAUCCAAUCGAAUUUAAAAUCAAUAAUCCAACAAUAAUCCAAAACGAUAAUACAGCUGAUAUCUCCUCUUCAUUAUUAUCAACAAAACAAUAUUUAAUUAAAAUUAAUAACAAUGGUAAUCUUCCAAGUAGAACAUUUUCAAUUAAAGAUCUUCAAAUAUCAACACCGACCUCAAUAUUUGUAAAUCUUCCAGAUAGCACUUUAUUAUUAAACAACAUCAACUCAUUAAACGAUUUUUCAAUUGAUGGAAUAAUUACAAAAUUACAAAUUAUCAAUUCAAAUAUUUAUUCAUCAAAAAAUAACAAUGUAACAAUAUCAUCAACAUCAAUUCAAAAUACAUCAAUCAAAGGUAAAUUAAAAGAAAUUAACCUUCCAAUUAAUCAAAAUUAUGGAUCAAUCUCAACUCCAUAUUUUUAUUCAAGCAUCGAAAUGUUAAAUAAUAUUACAAUUAAAUCAAUUAGCCCAUCUAUACCUCAUCAAAUGAAUACCAAUACCACAUUAAACAUAAUUGUCGAAUUUGAAACAUUAUUAAAUAUCAAUACACUUCAAUGUGCUUAUGGUACUUCAAUAGGUGGUGAAAUGUCCGAUACUUUCAGUCCCUAUACAUAUCUAACCGAAUCAAAAUGCCAAUUCGAAUUUAAACCAACAGUCGAAGGAGCAUUCAGUUUAGUUGUAAUUCUUAAAACAGAAAAUGAUAGUGGUUAUUAUAUAAUAACAUUACCAAUAAUAAAUGUAAUUACAAAAUAUAGAUAUUAUUCUGGCCUAUUCUUUAAUGAAACUGAAUCAAAAUUAGAAAUCGAAGGAAAUACUUUUAUAUCAGGGUGUACCAAACCAUAUUGUACUAUUAAUGAAAACAAUUUAAAAUAUUCAACACUCCCAAAUACAAUAGGAAACAGUCCAUUCCAAGAUAUUGUUAAAUACGGUGUAACUACAAAUGAUGAAUCAAAACCAUUAGAAAUACAAAUUCCAUUAAAUUCAACAGGCACUGAUUAUCAAAUUCAACUAUAUUUUGUUUAUUAUCAAGCAAUCGAUCAUUAUGGCAGUCCAUUAUCAAUUUAUAUAAAUGACAAACCAAUUAUAAUUUUAGAAACUAUUUACGAAGAAUCAACAUUCAGAAACAUCACAUUUUAUUACAACAAUACUCAAAAAUCAUCAAAUGCAAAUUUAAGAAUCGAAAACAGAGGCGAUAUUUAUCUAACAUCAAUUGUAACCUAUUCCAAUGUCCAACCUUUGAUCCAACCACUAGUUCCACCAGUAAAAGACUACAAAUAUCUUAUUAAAAUUCUUGUACCAAUAGUCUGUGUAGUUAUUGCCCUUUUAUUAUUCCUCUUAUUCAUUUAUAAAAAAUAUAAUUGGCCAAAUAGAGCAUACUUUAUUCUUUUGUAUAUUAGACUCUUCGGUUUUAUUAGCAGCCUUCCAUUCAAUCCAACAGACUAUGAUAAAUAUCAAGUUCACUCUAGCAUUUAUAAACUAUUACAAUUUUCCAAAUUCUUUACACCAACAUCAAAAUCUUUUCCACUUAUACUCUCAACAUAUAAAUUAGAUUUCGGGUUAAAAGGAAAACAGUGCAAAGUAGGAGCAACUCUAUAUGAUCAAAUAACCAUUACCAACAGAACAAACAAGACGAUUAGCUUUAUAUUACUAGUUCCACCAAGCAAUAAGGGAAUUGAAUGUGUACCAGAUUUCGAUUCCGGUGAAGUUAAUCCAGGUGAGUCAAAGACUCUUACUUUUAGUCUCAAAGUAUUAUGUACUAUACAAUUUUUAGAAAAAUUUGCAAUUUUUGUAAAAGGAUACGGCCAUACCUUUGUUUGUCUUCAUGCUGAAUCAUCUCUUUCACCUCUUUUAGAUAUAUCAGAAUUUGAAUUUGGUGGAAUUCUUGGUGAAGGUACAUUUGGUAUUGUAUAUGAAGCUAGCUGGAGGGGUCAAAAUACUGCCGUUAAAGUUAUAAAAGUUGAUCAACCCAAAACAAACGGAAGAGAAAUCAAAGUUUUAUCAGAAACCAAGCAUCCAAAUAUUAUCUCAUUUAUUGGGGUUAUUACAAAUUUCCAAUGUUUAUGUAUCGUUACAGAAUAUGCAAGAUAUGGCAGUUUACAUAGUGUUUUAUAUAAUAAUAAUAAUAAAGUGCAGCUCUCAUUAAUUCAAAAACUUAAUAUUGCUCUUGAUAUCGCUAAAGGAUGUGCCUAUCUUCAUCACAAUAAGAUUAUCCAUAGAGAUUUAAAACCUGGAAAUAUAUUAAUUUUUAAUAUUGCUGACUCCGGUACAUGCGCAAAAGUUUCAGAUUUUGGUUCAUCAAGACAAGUUUCAUUUGAAACAGAUACACAACUCACCAAUAAUGUUGGUACACCAUACUAUAUGAGCAACGAAGUUUUGUCAGGUAAAAAAUACAACUUUUCUGCGGAUGUAUAUUCUUAUGGAGUUUUAUUAUACGAAAUAAUGACAGGUUACAAACCAUUUUCAGAGUUUGCAAAAACACAUAUCCCUCAAAGUGUAAUAAGAGGGAAUCGUCCAUCGAAAGGCUUAGAUAAUAUAGACACAGGUAUUGCAGUUUUAAUAAAAGCUUGUUGGGAUGCAAAUUCAAGAAAUAGACCUUCUUUUAAAAAUAUAGUUACACAAUUAACAAGUUUAUAUAAUCAUUUAUUAUCUGAAAGAGAACAUUUAUUGCAAAGAAUAGAUGAAAGAGAGAGCGAAAGAGAAAAAGGUAAUCAAGUAACUGAAAUCGAAAUGGAUAUUAUCGAAGGUGAUAAUAAAUUUUUAAAAAUUAAUAUUCAAGAACACAAAACACCAGAAAAAAAAAUAGAAUCAAAAGAACAAUUACCACAACUUCCAAGACCACCACCAGAACAUAAAAAACUAUUUAUUAUUAGUGAAGAUUACCAAAAUAUUUAUCAAAAUGCCUCAUAUGACUUUAGAGAAAGAUUAAGAGCAAGCAUCAAAUUUGAAAGAACAACCCAAGAUAGCAACUAUAAUGUAUCAAAAAUUGGAAAGUUUGAAACAUUAAUGAAACAAGCUUUUGUUGAAGGUGCUCAUAAUUUAUUUUUAAAUCCAAAUUUCAAUACAAAUACCAAAUUAUUAAAAGCCAUCAAUCCAAAUUUUACGGAUACUUCAAAUAUUCUUCUGGAUGAAAAUCUCAAUGUUAUUCAAAGUUUGAAUGAAUAUCAAACACCCGAAUAUGACGAAAAAAUUAAAUUAAAUAAUGAUUUUUUAAUUCAAGUUUCAGAUAAAUCUCAAACCAUUCCAUUAUCAGAAAAUAACUCAUCAAGUGAAAACUUAAAUCAUAGUAUCAAUAAUAAUGAUAGUAAUAAUAGUAAUAAUAAUAAUAAUAAUAAUAAUAAUAAUAAUAAUAAUAAUAAUAAUAAUAAUAAUAAUAAUAAUAAUAAUAAUAAUAAAAAAGAUAUUUAA